AUGGCUGUCGAAUCAGAGGAAGUUCACCAUGAGUCAUCUGAAGAAUACGACUCUGAAGAAUACGAAGAUGAUGAGGAGGUGCUCGAUACUGAGCACAUAGAUGUGGAAAUGGAAGAAGAUGGUUUCAAGACACAUGGUAAAGAGAGAUGCAAGGAUGCUUUCCUUAACUUCAGUUCCGAUUAUGAAGAUAAUGAAGCCGAUGAAGACAAUGACUUAGUUGAUGAAGAUGAAGAAGGGUUUGGUUCAGAAGAGGAAAUCGAUGACACAGCAGGGGCUAAUGAUCUUGAUUUGGGAGAUGCAGUUGGUGCAGGCUUCCCCAUUCAUGACCCAUCAGUUAAGUGGAAUAAGAUGAAGCCCCUUCUUGGUGAAAGAUGGCUAGCAAGACACUUUUUGAAGGAGUUGAAACCUAACUUGAAGUGUAAGGAGAUGCAAUCAAUAAUUAGGACCAAAUUUCAUUGUGGUGUGUCUUGGUCUAAGGCUUAUAGAACAAGGUGUAGAGCAAUGACCAUUAUAGAUGAAAAGUGGGAAUCAGUGGUUUGUCCAGCUGCUAUCAAGAAAAUGAACAAGUUUGGAGAGGAUUUGAGGAAUUGGAAUGUGAAUCCAAGUGGACCAUUUAUUUUUGAAGCCAGGAAUGGAUUAGAAGGGUACAUGGUUGACUUACAAAGCAAAGUGUGCAGCUGUAGGCUUUGGGAUAUCUCAGGAAUUCCAUGUGUACAUGCACAGUGUGCAAUAUUAUUCACUGUACAAGAUCUUGUUCAAUUCAUAAGUGGUGCAAAGGGUAACAGAGGUGGUAAAGGUAGUAAAAGAGGUGGUAGGGGUAGUAAAAGAGGUGGUAGGGGCAGUAAGACAUCUGUUGGAAUUGAAGGUGGUGGAGUGGCUGAAGUUGAAGGUGGUGGAGUUGAAAAUGAGGAUGACACUAUUCCUGAAAAAUAUUUAGUCCAUUUAUGGAAGGCAAUGCAAGAUUUGAAACUAUCAGGGUAUUCAAUUGAAGAAAUUAAAAAUACACUUAGUCUGACAGAUUCACAUAUGAAACAGCUCAAUGAUUACAGUGACACUAUUGAACAAGUUCUUCCUAUGUCUAUGGAAGAGGAGUAUCCACCUCAGACUGAGACACAAGAUGGGGCUGAAGAAAUUAUCCCUGAGACACAACCAGAGAGUGAAGAAGAUGGGAUGUGUUAG